AGAAAACCAAAAAAAAAAAAAAAAAAAAUGUCUGCUGGUAAAGAAAUAGCAGUGGCGGCUAUGGUGAUGAUGAGUGUGAUGAGCUUCACCUUGGCUUUGGAUUACGAUAUGUCUUCUGAAGCCUUUCGGUAUAAACUCGAAGGGAUAUCUAUGGUUCCAAAGGGUUGUCCAGAUAUGUGCGGCAACGUUACCAUUUACUACCCUUUCGGAAUUGGUCCCAACAAAGAUUGCUUUUUGAACAAAUUGUUCAUCAUAAACUGCACCAAAUCCUCCGAUGGUGUCUGGAAGCCCUACUUGAGCUCCAUUUCCGGAGGAGUUGAUUUUCUUGGCAUGUCCUAUGACUCCCAAACAAUAACAAUUAAAGAGUCUAUCUCUCCUUCCUGUCAGGGAAGCAAUAAUUUCUCCAAUAUUAUCCACAACUCAAAAUUAUCUGAAACCCCUUUUAUGUACUCAAAUGACAACAACUUCAUGCUUUUUGGUUGUGGAAACGCUUUCAUCACUAUGCCCGGUGAAGAAUUGGAUCAACCUGGUUACAACUUAAACUGCAGCAGCAAAAACACCACAGCACCUAAAACUGCACAUGAUUGCCAAGGCAUAAACUGCAACCAUCUUACUGUUGAUUACGACGUAAACACAUACCAAGUCAACUUCACACAUUCUUCAUCUUUCAACGCUUGCAACUAUGCUUUCUUUCUCAGUGCUUCUUCUUCUUUACCACCUACCCUUCAAAGCCUUCCAAGCAGGCAGCAGGAAAUGGUAGUUGUCCCGGUGGAGUUGAGAUGGACCAUCACACAAGAGGACGUGCCUCCCUCCUACUCUAAGUACUGCUCUCCUUCUACAUACAUCAAUCCCCAACUACAAUGGCAUAAUUAUUUGCAAUGUGACUGCCCAGGUGGUGAUGACAGAAACGUGUACUUGUCCGGUGGAUGUGAAUGGAAGCACAAGGAUUACGUGAUUAGUAGUAACAAACUGCGGCCCGCUAUUAUCGGUAUUAGUGCAAGUUUUGGAUUUGUGUUCUUAAUAUGGGCUUUUGUCAUCCUCUAUAAAGCCAUCAAGAAGAGAAAGAUGAAGAAAUUGAGGCAGAAGUUCUUCAAGCGUAAUGGAGGUCUCCUAUUACAGCAACAACUCUUAACCAAAGAAGGGACAAUAGAGAAGACAAAGAUUUUUACAGCAAGUGAGUUGGAUAAAGCCACAGAUCACUUCAAUGCAGAUAGAAUAGUAGGCCGAGGCGGGCAAGGCACAGUGUACAAAGGAAUGUUAAUUGAUGGGCAAAUCGUUGCAGUUAAGAAAUCUCAAGCAGUGGAUGAGGACCAAUUGGAGCCAUUUAUCAAUGAGGUUGUCAUUCUUUCACAAAUCAAUCAUAGAAAUGUUGUCAAACUCAUGGGGUGUUGUUUGGAGACCGAAGUUCCCAUUUUGGUUUAUGAAUUUAUACCAAAUGGAACACUUUUCGGCCUUAUCCAUAACAAUUUUGACAACGAACUCAUUCCCCUUUCAUGGGAUAUUCGUCUCAGAAUUGCGUCUGAGGUGGCUUGUGCAUUAGCUUAUCUCCACUCCGUAACAUUAGUUCCCAUCUACCACAGAGACAUCAAGACGGGUAACAUUCUUCUGGACGAGAAAUUUCGAGCUAAAGUUUCAGAUUUUGGAACCUCAAGAUCCAUUUCAAUUGACAAAACUCACUUCACUACCAUGGUGAAGGGGACAUUUGGUUAUUUAGACCCUGAGUAUUUUCAAUCUAGCCAGUUCACAGAAAAGAGUGACGUUUACAGCUUUGGAGUUGUCCUUGCUGAGCUCUUGACAGGACAAAAGCCAAUUUCAUUUGAACUGGAUGAUGAUGAGGAUAGGAGCUUGGUUUCACGUUUUCUGUUGUGCAUGGAAGAGAACCGUCUCAUGGAGAUGCUUGAUGGGGAAGUUAUAGAGCAAGGUAAAAAGGAAGAUGUUGUGGCAAUGGCUUGGCUUGCACAGCGUUGCUUGAACUUCAACGGGAAGAAAAGGCCUACCAUGAAAGAAGUGGCCACGGAGUUGGAUGCCAUUAAAGCAUCUAAUUCUCAUCUCCCCUUGGCCAUGGAAGCAUUUGAGAUUGAAUCAGAUUUCAUAGCUUAAUAAGUUUACUGUUUUAAUUUGUUGCGUCUACUUUUAUAUUCAAGCACACCCGUCUAAUAGCAUAUAGUAGGAGUCAUUUUUAGGUGUAGUUUCAGCAUAUCCUUAUAUGUAAAAUAAAAGUAAAAAAUCUAUCAUUUAUGUAUAUAUAUCUCAUAUGUUACUAGAAGAUGUAUGGUUCUUGAUUCUGUUUUUCUUAAUAAGAGUCUUGUUAUUUUAAGUUUU